AUGAAUUAUUUGACAUUAAUUACUAUCUUUGUAUCUAUUGUUCUUUUAUAUGAACAUAAAAUAAAAUGUUUAUAUGCAAAAGAUGAAAUAUUAAAGGGUAAUUUAAAAAUGUUAUCUGGAAACAUAAAUGAAAAAAUAACAUUAAAGUGUGAGCAAGGUGAAUUUAUUCACAUUUUAGAUGCUAGCUAUGGGAAUCCUAACAUUGACAAUUUCUUAAUAAAAAAAAAUUCUCUUGAUGCGCCUCACACAUUGCCUGUUGUUCAAAUGCUUUGUGAAGGAAAAGAAAAUUGUGAUAUGAAUGUAACUAAUGAUACGUUCAGAAUAUUAUCUAUUAUAAAAGAUUUCCAUAGACUCAUAAUAAAAUAUUCUUGCAUUUUAUCGAAACCUAAACAAAUUCCAUUAUACAAUAUAAAGGCAACACGAGGGGAUAAUAAAAUUUGGAAUGUUGAAUUUCAAGGAGAAGAAUUAAAUAAAAAUUUAUAUCUUCAUGUGAAUAAUAUAAAUGCAAUAUGUGAUACUCCAUUGCUCAAAAAAAAUUAUGUGGAUAUAGAUGAAGCAAAAUUUGAGUGUAACAACAUAAAUAAUUGUGUGUAUAUAAUUUUUAACAAUGAUGGUUACACAUUAUGUGAAUCAUCUUCUUACAAAAAUCCAAUAAUUCAAAAAUAUUCCAAAAUUUAUAUUAAAAUGUCUUAUAUUAAUGGGGACAUACCUGAUAAUUAUGAAAUCGUUCCUAAUAUACAAGGCGUUUGUGAGAAAAAUGAAGUUAUUUAUGAAAUGGAGUCAGUACUACGUGUAGAUGAGGUUUAUGAAAAAUGCAAAGAGAUAAAUUGCGACUAUUUUACGUUGUCCACAGCUAACGGUUUAAAGGGGGUUUCCAAAAAUUUCCGUAACCAUGCCUGGCUUUGCAAAGGGUUUCCAAAAUACGUUUCACAUGAGGGAUUUAUUUUUGGGAAGAACAAUAUCAAUUCAAAAAAUCCGAAGAAAAGAAUAUUCCCUAUUGGUUUUGAAGGACCUUUAAAAUAA